GGUGUUCUCGCCAGUCGCCGUUCGAGAGUACUGGUACGCGCGUUACGUGCGUAUUUACGACGUACGAAAGAAAGAAAAUAAGAAUUAAAAGAAACUAACACGAGACAGCACGAUUUCUCUACGCCUAUGUACAUAUCUUGUCGGCGGUUCAAAGGAAUAAAACUCGAUUCUCGAUCGCGGCGAGUGAAGAGAGAAAGAGAGAGGGAGAAGGAGAAAGAGAGAGGAGAAUGGGGAAUACCAAGAGCAAAGAAGCGUAGGGUAACCUAUAGAGAAAAAGAGAGACGGAGAGGAAGAGGGGAUAGUCUGGACGUAAAAGGGAGGAAAAGAGGGAUAAAUACGACGAGAGGGAGGAACAGUAAGGAUAGGUAACGAAUCGGUAGUUACACAACUUCGUGUUAUUUCAAUACGUUUAAUCGACUCAGAGAGAAGAAGCGAUAUACGUAUAUACUAUGAUCUUUAUAAAAGAUUCUUCGUAGAGCAAGAAGAAUGACGUUAAUAUUAAAUUAAAAAAGUAACGUUCGAAGAGUACCUUUUUUGAGAUAAGGGAGAGAAAAAUUGAGAGAAAGAGAAAGGUUCGAACGUGUAACUCGUUCGAUUGGUCGAAAGGAAAGAGAAGAGAGAGAGAGAGAGAGAGAGAGAGAGGGAGAGGGAGAGAGAGAGAGAGAGUAUAGUCCGUCGUUCGCGCGCCAGAAACUUUGGUUCGGGCGUUCUCGGUUAAACUCGGUUGUAUCCGGCUCGCGCCGCGCACAGGGCAGCACGUGUUCGAAAAAUGCAUCGGUACGGGCAAACGAGUCCCGAUUCGUGACGACGCGGUCGGUUGUGCGUUCACGAGUGGUGGUUGCUAGUAGCUUAGGCUCUCUCUCCUUUUGCUUAGCUUCACGUUCGCUGACCUCUAUCGUUCAUCAUCGUCUUCUUCGUCGUUGUCUCCGUCAUAGUCGUCAUUCGUGACUGGUCUGUCUGUGUCGAGCGAGAAGGAAGAGAGAAAGAGGGAAGAAGAGGACGCGCUCGAGCGUGGUGAAGGGCAACGAAUGGUAAAAGGGAGGGGGUGGAAGAGAGAAAAGAAGAGGGAAAAAGGAUCGUCGUUUGUUGUUCGCUUUCCGAGAAGAAAGAAGUAGACACAGUGGCAAAGGGGGAUUGAUUUAGAAAUUUCGAACGAUUUUGUCGAUCAAAUCGAGGGUGUCGUCUCUUUUACCCCUGCGUUAAAGUCCUUUCGAGAGAAAGAGAAGGAAAAUUUCGAUCAAAAGUGGCUAACGAAGAGGACAAUCAUGUUUAGGCUUUUGGGUGGUCUCGCUUAUUACCUCAAAUGGCAGGAAAUCUCCACCGCAUCUUUGCUCUUUCGCGUACAUAACAACUUUACUUCGGUGGUGCUCCUCACUUGCUCAAUAAUAAUCACGGCGAAUCAGUUCGUUGGAAAUCCAAUCUCGUGUAUCGUCGGUCAUGGCCUGCCCCAACAUGUCAUCAACACCUACUGCUGGAUAACCUCAACGUUCACGAUGCCGGACGCUUUCAGUCGACAGAUGGGCACCGAGGUGGCACAUCCAGGAGUGGCGAAUGACUUAGGAGACGUCAAUGCAAGGAAAUACUAUACUUACUACCAAUGGGUUUGCUUCGUACUCUUCUUCCAGGCGAUUUUGUGCUAUACACCUCAAUGGCUGUGGAACAUGUGGGAAGGUGGAUUGAUGAAUACUUUGAUCAUGGGUAUGAAUUGUGGCAUUGAUAAGCAAGAAACAAUCGAUAAGAAAAAGUCCGUGUUGAUGGAAUAUAUUAUGUCCCAUGUAACGAGGCAUAAAAUGUACGUGUAUCACUACUUCGCCUGCGAGCUUUUGUGCCUGGUCAACAUUAUUGGACAACUGUACCUGAUGAAUCGUUUCUUCGAUGGAGAAUUUCUUAGUUAUGGCCUUCGUGUUCUACACAUAUCGAAUACCCCGCAAGAGAAUCGCUUUGAUCCCAUGGUUUACGUAUUCCCUCGUGUUACAAAAUGCAUCUUUCACAAAUACGGUGCUUCCGGUACUAUACAGAAGCACGAUUCAUUAUGCGUUCUACCGCUAAACAUAGUCAACGAAAAGACUUAUAUCUUCAUUUGGUUCUGGUAUAUUAUUCUCUCCAUCUUUUUGAUCGGUUUGGUUGCUUACAGAGCUGCUAUCAUAUUUGCACCAGCCGUGAGACCGAGAUUGUUGCAUAUCGCAUCUCCGGCAAUAUCAAUCGAAACGUGUCAAAGUAUAAGUAGAAAAAUCGAUCUUGGUGAUUGGUGGAUACUCUAUGUUCUUUCGUGGAACAUGGACGGUAUUCUUUAUAAAGACUUUUUAGAAGAACUCACGAAAAAGAUGAGUUCCCAUAAUUCUCAACCGAUCAAUGCUUAAAUUUAUUUAGCAAUUGUAAAGUUAUAUCUAAUUAUUUGUAGUUUAGGUAUUAACAAGGGACUGACUAGAGUCUAGUGACUCAUGUUGACAUGUUUCUUUAUAAUACGAGAAUACUCGUAAAAAAAAAGUUAUAUGUUUUCGACAUUUUUGAUAAUAAUUUUACAAAGUCGGCGACGUAGUCGUCGUAAGAUAGUUUAGAAACAAAGGAGGGAUAUAUUAUCAUUUUUGAUAAUAAUUUUGGAAUAUCAGUGACAUCAUCAAUCGUAAGAUAGUUUUUAGGCAAAACAUUACUUCGUAUGUGUGAAUUAGAUAAUUGAUUAUAUUGCAUUUGCGAAAAACGUAUAGGAGAUUAUUCAAAGAAUUAUAUUACAUAGUAUAGAAGUUAUAUAAAUAUCUCUCUUUUUUUUUUUUUUAAUAUUAUUUACGCGUCAGGAUCUGAAUCGAUCUUCGUCUCGUAUUGAUUCCUCGAUCGAUAGAUCAGUUUUGUACUUCGCAAACGUUCCUCUUCGUUGCUCGAAGAUCAUUCGUGCGUCUAUUGCAUUUCUUUAAAGCGUAGUAUGUUUAUAAUUAAUUAAUUAAUUAAUUAGUAUCCAUGAUCUUUUGAUAAUAUGCAAGUUCGCUCGCGUGUGUGGAUACGUAUGAGUCUGGACUAUUAGUUUUGUAAAGCAAGUUGCGAUUAUUUUCCACGUCUUAGAUAAUUUCGAACGAUUUUCUUCUUCGUUCCUACGUUUAUAAAUAUUUUAUAUCGUUGAAUCAUUUACCAACCAUGGUAUUUGUGAUUUACACGCGUUUAUUCACGAGCAAGAAAGGGUGAUAUAGAUUAGAAACUUUCAUUUCACAUUCUUUUGUUCCACAUAGGAAAUUAUCGAGAUAGAUUGAAAUUAGUUUAUUAUAUUUAAUUGAUGCAAUGUAAGAUUUCGCUCAUUUUAGGAGGACAAAUUUCUAUAAAAUACUUUACCCACUUGUGUUCCAACAGCAUCAAUAACAACAAGAAUAACAGCAACAAUAACUAAUGGUUAUUAAAAAAGACUUUUAAAUCUAAUUCAUUGUCGUGGAUCUUCCAGCAGCUUUAUAGUACAUAAGACGGAUCUGCUUUCUGAUAAGCAAUUUAUUUGUAUCUACGAGUACGGUUGUAUAAAGAUUACUUUUUGAAA